UAUCUCCUGCACGAGAGGUCGAACAGUGUCGGCGGCGCACCAUACUUCCCCUGGCUCUUGUUACCGUAUAGAUCACCAUCACUCCACCAUUCAACGUCUGCCGACUAUGCCUGCAGUCGACCGCGUUCUAGACCACGAAAUCAUCAUCGCCACCACAAAGGAACACAUUCAGCAAUGCCUUGAUGUUCGAAUUCAGGUCUUCCAUCACGAGCAAAAAUUUCCCCUUGAAACCGAAAUAGACGAGUUCGAUAGCCCUCAGGCUGCAACUCACUUCCUUCUGCGGCUACUUCCUUCUCUCCAGCCAGUCGGAACCAUCCGCGGAGUCAGAUUAUCCGAGGUUUAUUACAAGCUUGGUAGACUUGCUGUACUCGACCAGUAUCGAAAGUACAAGUUUGGGAAGGAACUCGUAUUGCGCUUGCAUGAGUGGGUCAAAAUUGACGCGAGCCCCAUGGCCACUAUGGCCGAGCAUGACGUAUACGCGAUUGUCGUGUCCCAUUCUCAGAUACCUGUCAAGGGGUUUUACGCCAAGUUUGGGUAUAUACCAGAGGGUGCCGAGUUUGAUGAGGACGGUGAACCUCAUCAGAAGAUGGUCCUGCAACUCCCUUUGAUUGCUCCAAAGCCUUCUGAUUGAAUAAAGUUGUAUUCGUCAGAUAUACGGAGAUGCAAUAUGUGCUAACAAUACAUAAGUGGGGUGCAUAGGUAUUCCCAUUAUACAGUGCUGUCCGAAGAUUGUUCGAAGCAAUAAAAUACUCGAAACACACAAUAAGCAAAAGAUCGUUUCGAAGGGCGUACGUAUAAUAGAAAGGGCAUGAGUGGUCGUCAGCGAGCCAAAGGCUCUCACAGGGAAUAUAUCAUCAAGAAGAAAAGUAAAAACCCAUCAUC